AUGGAGGGUUCUAACUUCCAUUUUCAACAGGGUAAUAUGGUAGCAGCUAGUCAAUUUGAUGAGAGAGAAACAGGCCGUUUUGUCACUGAAUCAGAAAUCUAUGGAAGCAACAAAGAUAAGGAGGAGAUUGUAAAACUGUUAUUGUCGCGUGAAGAAACCAACAAAGCAAAUUUGUCCUUUAUUCCGAUCAUUGGAAUGGGAGGACUAGGAAAGACAACUCUUGCUCAGUUAGCAUACAAUGAUGAUGAAGUAACACAACAUUUUGAUAUUAAAAUAUGGGUUUUUGUUUCAGCUGAUUUUGAUGCAAGAAGGAUAAUUAAGGAAGCUAUUGAGUCUGUAACAAUGGAGAAAUGUGAUAGUUUGGUCGUAAAUGUGCUUCAGUCCAAGCUCUGGGCAUUGCUGCACAGGAAAAAGUACCUAUUCGUGUUGGAUGAUGUUUGGACUGAAGAUCAGAAGUCAUGGGACAAACUAAAACCUCUAUUAAGGGGAGGCAUGGAUGGGAGUAAAAUCAUUAUCACUACCCGCAACGAAAAGGUUGCACUUACAACAAGCUCCCCAACUUAUCCAUACCAUUUGAAAGGACUGGACGAGGAUGAUUGCUGGCAGUUGUUCAAGCAUCAAGCUUUCCCACAAGGAGAAGAAAGUAAGUGUCAGAACCUUGUACUGAUAGGAAAGGAGAUUAUUAAGAAAUGUGGAGGUGUUCCAUUGGCAGUAAAAACAUUGGGAAGUUUGAUGUGCUUUCAGAAACACGCAAGGGAGUGGCUAUUUGUUCAAAACAGUGACCUGAGGAAUUUAGAUGUCUACCAUAAAGAAAUUUUACCUGCAAUGAAAUUGAGUUACCUUCUUUUACCAUCUCACCUCAAACACUGCUUUGCUUCUGCUCAAUUUUCCCCAAAGGAUAUGAAAUCAAGAAGGAGAAACUAA